CCUGGAGGAGGUAGUAGGCGGGGCCUUCGCCGGGUAACGGCUGUCGGUCGCUCGCUAACUGAGUGUGGUGGGUUGUGAGUGUUACCGGUUCCGGGGUUAUCCCGGUGAGGAGGUGUAGGAGUAACCAUGGCCGGCCAGCAGUUUCAGUAUGAUGAUAGCGGCAACACGUUUUUCUACUUCCUGACCUCUUUCGUGGGGCUCAUCGUCAUCCCGGCCACAUAUUACUUGUGGCCCCGCGACCAGAACUCGGAACAAAUUCGGUUGAAGAAUAUACGGCACAUUUAUAGGAGCUGUCUUUGGUAUCAGAUAAAGUCGAUUAAGCCGCAGCAAAAUAUUAUUCCUACUGUGAAGAAAGUAAUUCUGCUGCUUGGAUGGGCAUUAUUUCUCUUUCUUGCCUACAAAGUUUCAAAAACAGACAGAGAAUAUCAAGAGUACAAUCCCUAUGAAGUUUUAAGCUUGGAUCCAGGAGCAACGGUUUCAGAAAUUAGGAAACAGUAUCAUCUUCUCUCUCUGAAAUUCCACCCUGACAAAGGAGGCGAUGAAGUAAUGUUCAUGAGGAUAGCAAAGGCUUAUGCAGCAUUGACAGAUGAGCAGUCCAGAAAGAAUUGGGAAGAGUAUGGUAACCCUGAUGGGCCACAAGUUACAAGCUUUGGCAUAGCUCUACCAGCUUGGAUUGUUGACCAGAAAAACUCAAUGCUGGUUUUGCUGGUUUAUGGAUUGGCUUUCAUGGUUAUACUCCCAGUUGUUGUGGGUUCAUGGUGGUACAAGUCUAUUCGCUACAGUGGAGAUCAGAUCCUUAUUCGCACUACCCAGAUCUACACUUAUUUUGUGUAUAAAACCCGUAAUAUGGAUAUGAAACGCCUUAUUAUGGUAUUGGCAGGGGCAUCUGAAUUUGACCCUCAGUACAACAAGGACGCUACCAGCCGACCUGCAGAUAAUAUACAGAUACCACAGCUUAUAAGAGAGAUUGGAAGUAUCAACCUAAAAAAGAAUGAGCCUCCACUCACAUGUCCCUACAGUCUUAAGGCUAGAGUGUUGUUGCUGGCGCACCUUUCAAGAAUGCAGAUUCCUGAGGCAUUAAAGGAAGACCAGGAGUUUAUAUUGAAGAAAUGCCCUGCUCUGCUUCAGGAAAUGGUUAAUGUGAUAUGCCAGCUCAUAAUCAUGGCUCGGAGUCGUGAAGAAAGGGAACUCCGACCACCAUCAUUGUCCUCGCUGGAGAACUGCAUGAAGCUCUGUCAGAUGACCGUACAAGGCCUCCUACAGUUUAAGUCUCCGUUUCUGCAGCUGCCUUAUAUUGAAGAGGACCACCUUAGACGAGUCUUCAACCACAAGAAGUAUAAAAUUAAGACCAUUCGUGACCUGGUCAGUAUGAAGGAGUCAGAUCGUCGCGUGCUGCUUAGCUUUGUGGAUGACAGUAAUUAUGAAGAACUUGUUGCUGUUCUUGGCAGCUUCCCUCAUGUCACAAUGGAAAUAAAGCCUCAAGUGCUUGAUGAUGAAGACAGUAACAAUAUCACAGUGGGUUCUCUUGUCACUGUUCUGGUAACUCUAAAAAGACAAACGAUGGCUGAAGUGUUUGAGAAGGAGCAGUCAACGUGUUCGGCGGAGGACCAGCCCGUGGAAGAAGGCCAAGGUGACAGUAAAAAUAAAGGCAAAGGCUGGCAGCAAAAAAACAAAACUGCCAAGAAGUCUUCCAAAUCUAAGAAAAAGAAGCCAUUGAAAAAGAAACCAGCUCCAGCGCCUUUGCCGCAACAGAAGCAAGGGAAAUCCAAGCAAGCUAAUGGUGUACUUGGAAAUGAUAAUGCAGCAAAGGAAGAUGAUGAAGACGUGUCCGAUAAAGGCAGUGACUCUGAAGAUGAUGAUACAAACCGGGAUUCUCAAAGUGAUGGAAGUGACAAGGAUUCUGACAGAGAGCAAGACGAGAAGCAUGGCAAAGAUGAUGAAGCUGAGUGGCAAGAGCUACAGCAAAGCAUACAGCGUAAAGACAGAGCGCUACUGGAAACCAAAUCCAAGAUUACGCAUCCUGCUUACAGCCUCUAUUUUCCGGAGGAAAAGCAAGAAUGGUGGUGGCUUUACAUUGCCGAUAGAAAAGAUCAGACAUUAAUAUCCAUGCCGUAUCAUGUGUGCACACUAAAGGAUCAAGAAGAGGUCGAGCUGAAAUUUCCUGCACCCAACAAACCAGGAAAUUAUCAGUACACGGUGUUUUUAAGAUCAGAUUCCUAUAUGGGCUUGGACCAGAUUAAACCUCUGAAGUUGGAGGUUCAUGAAGCAAAACCAAUACCGGAAAAUCACCCGCAAUGGGAUACCACCAUAGAAGGAGAUGAUGACCAAGGUGAUAGUGAAGGCUUUGAAGAGAGCUACGAAGAGGAGGAAGAAGACGAGGAAGAGGAUUAAGUGGAAAUGCUGACAUGGACUUGGCUGAGCUGCACAGAGCCGUCAUUCUGACAUCUGAGCUAUUCCAUUUGCCAGAGCCACAGUGUAGACGUUUUUGAGGAAUUUGAUUUUUAGCUACUCUUUACCAGUUCUGAGUGCUUUAUGUAGUUUGCCUUUCGGAGGCUAAACACAUCCUUGGGUUUGAUUCUAUCUUGAGACUCGCCAGAGUGCUGCAUUCGAUCCAUCUAAAACCAAAAUAAAGCUUUUUAUUAAAUUAAGAUGUCUAUAUUCAGAAACUGGUCAUCUGUACAAAAAGAAAAAAAAAUUAUCCUGCUUCCUUUCACAAUCCCCUAUAAUUUGUCAGUAAUUUUUUUGUUUCCUAACUGGUAUCUAAGAUUUUAUUUUUACUAAUCCUCCUGAUUUCUUUAACAUGGGUAGGAGAAACAUUCCACACAAUUCAUAAAAAGAUUAUACUAUAAAAAUUCAAAAAUUCUCUGCAAAACAUAAAUAAUAAAUUAUUGGUUUUUACCACUAGCCAAUCAAUGCAAGAAUGUUGUUUUAUAAAGUUAAAGACUGGAAACUACAGGACCACACUUUGAAGUUGGUGGUUUUUAUGCAACGAUGCCUUUUUUUGUAAAGGUGCAUAGGAAGAAAAUAUGAAUUCUAGGAAUUGCUGAUGUCAGGACCUGCCAGACGGCUGGAGAAUGAGAUAAAUAUAUUUCACACCAGCCACGACUAGGAUUUUUUUCAUUAACUAUAAGUUACAUUACAGAGUCUUUAUCUUGUAGUCUCUAGAACCGUGGCAAGCGCUUCUCUCUGUUGUGAUGGUUUGACGGCAAAAUCGGGAACCAUUGUUUUUGUGUACGCUGAUAAUGAAUUUCUGCAGCAUAUUUUAAGGAUGAAACACUACAAGCAACACAUGUGAUAAACUUGUGUACCUCUCAAUAAACCUGUCUGCCAUUGAUGACUGUUGUAAUAGUGUAUACCCAUUUUUACCCUCCCAAAUACCAGUAAAUAUUGAGAAUUUUUCUGACUUGAUAUUUGCUAUUAAACAAUUGUAAAUACAUAGCCUUUGAGGUAGUAUGUGUUCCAGUACAAUCUAGCUGUAUCUUCUUUGUGGGUCUUUCAUAUUAUGGAAAACGUAGCUAUACUGCAGUUCUCACUGAAAUGUAGGAAUAACAGAACGCGCUUAUUUAAGGUACGAACUAUGGUUACUUUAGAAUGCAGGGAGGCAGAUCACUUUUACCAGACACAUUUCACCUGUUCUUUAACUCACUUAAGCCGCUCAGAAAGACAAUUUACCAUGUUUAUGAAAAACGGGUUGUCACUUUAAAUGCAAAAAUGACUGACUAUUUUUUUGUAAUGCAAUAGUUGCAAAUAAAAUUCAAAGUCAGAUGGUA